AUGAGCUGCGCGGAACCUUCCGUGACGCGCCGCGCCCCCGCACAGGGUUCCUCUUCGUCGCGCCGCGCGGCAGCACCAACUCCAGCCGCCGCAGUAGCAGACGCCGUCGCCGUCGCAGCAGCAGACGCGCCGCGGCGCAGCGAUUCUGUUCCCGUGAUUUCCGCGCAUGAGCUCACGCGCCGCUUCGUCUUCACGGAUCUGCUAGGGGAGGGAAAGUUCGGCCGCGUUUGGCGCUGCUUGGACCGCCACGGCCCCACCAGCGAGCCGCUCGCGUGCAAGCAAAUCCUCACCGCUCAUCUCACGGCGGAGCAACGGCUGGCGCUUCACCGCGAAAUCGCCACUCUGCGGCGCCUGCAGGGCCACCCGAAUGUGCUGCGACUGCAUGCGAUUUGCGACGGUGACGGCGGCGCAUUGGAGGGGCUUGGUUCGGAAACAAAAUCGCGUGGUUCGGGUUCUUCUGGUUCGGGGUGGGAAGAUGUGUCUGUCGCGAUUCGAGAACUCGUCGCGUGGCCUGGUGUGUAUCUCAUUACGGAGCUGUGUACUGGAGGCGACUUGUUUGAUUUGAUUGACCAAUUUGAACACGGCGUGGACGAACUAACCGCGGCGGGAAUUUUCGUCCAAAUCGCACGUGCCGUGGAAUGGUGCCACCUUCACGAUAUAGUCCACCGGGAUAUAAAACCCGAGAACGUGCUUAUAACGGGUCAAGCGCCGUCCUCGUCGCCGGCGUCCAAGCGAGCUUCUGAUAGGCGAAGCAUCUUCGCAAAGAACGGGAUUUGCGGGCCGUCGUCGUCUUACUCGUCGUGCUCUCCCAUUUGUAACCCAGUCUCUACAUUCUGCCCGUCCUUCUGCCCGACUUCACUUCCCGCCAAAGCUGCCCCUGCUCCUCCCCUCCUUACUCGCCCCGCUACUUCUUCCUGUGCCUCCAUCCCCACCUCAUCCUCGUUUCAAGACUUAGCGCUGCUCUCCCCUUCCUCCCCCUCCUGCUCCCCUUCCUCCUCCUCCCCCUCCUCUUCCACCUCCUCCUCUGUCUCCUCGCAUUCCUGUUCCUCCUCGCCCUACCACGCUUUCGCCGCCUCGUCUCCCCUUCCUUCUCCCCUUCCCUCUCCCGUUGCUUCUUCGCAUCCUUCCGCCGCCAAGGCACUUCAUUCCAACAGCAAUUCCGUCCCGCCAGUAUCCGCGCCGUGGGACUCGCCGCGAAACGCGCUGCAGAAGUCCGCGCGCGCGUCCAUCUUUCCGCACAGCCGUAGCGAUCCGUCAGGCAGCAACGCAGAUGCUGCUUCUGGAACUGCCGACGCUGCUUCCCCUGUCACCGUUGCCGCUGCUGCCCCUGCCGCCACUGCCCCUCCAGCGCACGCACUGAGGCCAGCGAUCCCGCGACCCCAGGUCGCGAUUCCGCGCGCUUACUCCGCUGCGGAGAUCAGUCCGCGCGCGUGUCAUUCCGCCGCGGGAAAAGUCAUUGGCGAGAGUGCAGCAGCCGCUUCCCCGCAUGGCGGGGGGAACAAAGGGGAGGAAUCAGAGGAGGCGAUCUAUCCGAGCCUGUUUGGUGGGUCUGCCGAGCCUGAGGUUCGGCUCGCGGAUUUUGGGAUGGCGUGUGAGGUGCCUCCAGGCUCGGCAAUCAUAGGCCUGGCUGGAAGUGAACCGUACGAGGCUCCUGAAAUGGUGGAAAUGAAAAAGUACGACCAUCAGGCAGAUGUGUGGUCCCUGGGGGUUCUCCUGCACACCCUCCUCUCUGCCACGUGGCCAGAAUUCCCGGAUGGAAAGCGAGAGCUGGUGCAGGAGGAUUUGACGGUGACGCCGUGGCUGUCGAUCUCGGAGGAUGCAAAGGAUCUGAUCCGUCAGAUGCUGGUGGUGGAUCCGAAUAAACGGCUGGAUAUUCACUGCGUGCUGCAGCACCCGUGGGUGGUGAAAUGGAUGCGGAGGAGGCAAAGAGGGCGGGCGCAGAGGGGCAACCAGGAGGCUCCAGAACCACUCGAGCUGCAGCGUGAAGGCCAUGUGAAAGAACAGCUGCUGCAACAGCAGCAGCAGCAGCAGCAGCAGCUGCUGCAGCAGCAUCAGCAGCAGGGGCAGCUGCAGCAGCAGGAGCAUCUGCAGCUGCAGGGGCAGCAGAAAGAGAUCAGGGUUUUUCAGGUUGAUCGAGUGCCAGCCGCAGCGAUUGUGGUGGCAAGAAAGCGGCGCAGUAGUCGCACCAGCUCCUCGCUGGUUUCGUGCAGAUCUAACUCCAGUGGUAACAACACAACGAGUAGCUUAGCUACAUUCGACAAUCCUGGUAGUUCCUUGGUAGCUGUAGCAGCCACUGCAUCUGAAAGGUCUGGAGCAGCAACAGGAUUAGUGGCAGAGCAGCGCAGCCUGCAGCAACUGAGCCAGCUGAGGGAGGCGCGUGGCUUGCCCCCACUGUCGCCUGUGAUCCAUCUGGAUCGGAAGCAGCAGUCUAUUUCCCAGCGCCCACCACUGCCACUGAAGCUGCCGCGACCACCUAUAUUGGCUGUUCAGCCAUAA